UGUGCGUCUGCUGGAGCAGAAGGUGGAGACUGCCGCUUUAAGAAGCUGUUGCAUGAACAUGCUGGUGAUUUUCCACUCAAACUGAUAAUAAACGGGCUCAUAGAAACAAUGAUCACACUGAAAAAAAUCCAUCCAAUUGUUUGAAUGAGCGUUAAACCGAGACUGCAAAACCAGAACCAGCUGCAUGCUUCAUCAAACCGAGCGGGCAGCAUGGCACAAAAAGAGAAGCUUCAAUGCCUGAAGGAUUUCCAUAAGGACACCCUGAAACCUUCACCGGGGAAGAGCCCAGGGACACGGCCUGAGGACGAGGCUGAAGGCAAGGCUCCUCAGAGGGAGAAGUGGGCUAGUAAGCUCGACUUUGUCCUGUCAGUGGCCGGCGGCUUUGUCGGAUUAGGAAAUGUGUGGCGCUUUCCUUACCUUUGCUAUAAAAAUGGCGGUGGUGCGUUUCUCAUCCCCUACUUCAUUUUUCUGUUUGGCGGCGGCCUGCCUGUGUUCUUCUUGGAGGUUGCUUUGGGCCAGUACACAUCUGAAGGAGGGAUCACCUGCUGGGCCAAACUCUGUCCCAUUUUCACUGGUAUCGGCUAUGCCUCCAUCGUGAUCGUGUCUCUGCUCAACGUCUACUACAUUGUGAUCUUGUCCUGGGGACUCUACUACCUGUUUCAGUGCUUUCAGCCUGAGCUUCCCUGGGCCAAAUGCAAACAACCCUGGAACACUCACAACUGUGUUGAGGACACAAUCCGCAAAAACAAGACCCUAUGGCUUGCAGCCAACGCUACCAACUUUACCUCCCCUGUCACUGAAUUCUGGGAACAUAACGUCCUGAGCAUCUCCACUGGGAUUGAAGACAUUGGGCCCCUGAAGUGGGAUCUGGCCCUGUGUCUCCUAGCAGUGUGGAUUAUCUGUUUUUUCUGCAUCUGGAAGGGAGUCAAGUCCACCGGGAAAGUGGUGUACAUAACAGCAACUUUCCCUUUUGUGAUGCUGAUUGUGCUGUUGGUGCGUGGAGUCACUCUCCCUGGAGCAGCUGAAGGGAUCAAAUUUUACCUUUACCCCGACUUGACCCGCCUACAGGAUCCAGAAGUAUGGAUUGAUGCAGGAACUCAAAUUUUUUUCUCCUAUGCCAUCUGUCUUGGAGCCAUGACGUCUCUGGGGAGCUACAACAAAUACAAAUACAACUGCUACAGGGACUGUUUGCUGCUGGGAGGCCUCAACAGCGGUACCAGUUUUGUGUCUGGCUUCGCAAUAUUUUCCGUCCUGGGCUUCAUGGCACAAGAACAAGGGGUGGACAUUGCCGAUGUGGCAGAGUCAGGUCCUGGCUUGGCCUUCAUUGCUUAUCCAAAAGCUGUUUCCAUGAUGCCACUUCCAACACUCUGGGCCAUCCUCUUCUUUAUCAUGCUGUUGCUUCUGGGCCUUGACAGUCAGUUUGUCGAAGUGGAGGGACAGAUCACCUCCAUCGUGGAUCUGUAUCCAGCCCUCCUCAGGAAGGGUUACCGGCGGGAGAUCUUUAUAGCUGUGGUGUGUUUCAUGAGCUAUCUCCUGGGACUCACCAUGGUAACAAAAGGUGGCAUGUAUGUGUUUCAACUCUUCGACUACUAUGCAGCCAGUGGUGUGUGCCUUUUGUGGGUUGCAUUCUUUGAAUGCAUCGCUGUAGCUUGGGUUUACGGAGUUGAUAAUUUCUACGAUGGAGUUGAGGAUAUGAUAGGCUACAGGCCAAAUGCAUGGAUGAAAUGGAGCUGGACCAUAGUCACUCCUGUCCUUUGCGUGGGCUGUUUUGUCUUCUCCCUGGUGAAGUACAAGCCCUUGACCUAUAACAAGGUGUAUGAGUAUCCUGACUGGGCCAUCGGUUUGGGCUGGUGUUUGGCCCUAGCUUCCAUGAUCUGCAUCCCCAUGGUGAUGGUCAUCAAAAUCCUACAGUCUGAGGGGCCCCUGAUUGAGAGGAUCAAAGCAGUGGCAGCCCCAGUAAAGUCAGGUGUGAGCUCUUGCCCAAAAGAGUACAGCUUGAAGGGCAGCGAACUCACACAGCCUCUGGACCCAAACGGGAACAAUGGCUUGAUGAAGCCCACCCACACCAUUGUAGAAACAAUGAUGUGAGCGCUCUCUGUGAGAGGAAUAAGAUUGAUGUGCUUUCUGUGUUAAACGUCAACAGUGGUAGGUUUAUGUUGUCCAGUAUAUUUGAUUUAGACAUAUUUUGGUUUGAGUUCUAUCAAUAGAGCUUUUAAUUGUAAUUUUUUCCCUGUGUAUUUUAUUAUAUUUUUUACUAUAUCAACAUUGUAAGUUACAGUUUUCAUGGUAGUUGCCACUGAUCGUCUUAGACAGUAUUUUGUGAUGGAGCAUAUUCUGUGUUUGCUACCGUUUUUGUCAAUUCUGGCAGGAUAGAAGGAAAGAAGUCACUAUCAUGCCCAUACAAAUUGGUCAGAUAGUCCACUAAAUAACCACAGAAAAGAUAGGAAACUGUGAGAUCCUCACAGGUUUGUGGCCAGAGCUAACUUCUAAUCUCUCAUUUUCGGUAUUUGUCUUGAAUGUAUAUCCGCUCAUGGUGGGAGAAAGUCAGUCAUAUCUCUCUGUAGAGUAUACUGUGUGUCCAUGACGGGUGCAUUGAAUGUGAGACAGUAAUGUACAGGUUGGAGAAAGUCACCCUCAAGUCUUGAUAUUGCAAGUCAUAAGUUAACAUCAUAUCCCAAUAUAGACCUCUGGGUUGGGGUGCAAGUCACUCAAAUCUUGAUACUGCAAGUGACAAAUCCCAAGUGAUCCCUGAUACAAGACAGAUUGCUAAAUUGGAGUAUAGGUCACUCUGAAGUUUUUACACUGCAAGCCAGAAGUCACGUCUCAAGUAAUCUCUCAGUACACAAUAUUUGUGCUAUGGUAGCACAGUGGCACAACUAGCACCCUUUCCUUAGAACAAAAAGUCUUGGGUUAAAUUCCAUCAAUGCCCACUUCUUUUCUGCAUGGAGUUUGCAUGUUUCCCCUCACCUCUGUGUAGGUUUUGUCUCAGCUUCUGGUUUCCCUCCC